AUAUGUCAAACAAGUAUUUAAAAAUGGCCGCACGUACGAAGUAACUAAAAGUGAUUUUGAAAUUACAAUCGAUAUAUUCUUAUAAUCAUCCUAGUAAAUACGUCAAUGGCCUAACUUAUUUAUAGUACCUACUUCUUUUUAUUAGCCUGCCAAGUAUUUUGACGUAAAAGCCUUGUGAAUACCGAUUCAUACUUUUACACUUCCGUCUCACACAUAAAAUUUUGUCGAAGCAAUUUCUGAGUCAGUCGUGCAUUACUUAUUUGACAUGCAUCUUUCCGCACAAUCGGCUCUAUAAUACUUGCAGGUAAAUGACACCCUUCUACUACUCGCAUAAUAUCACGUUACUUUAAAGUCACGUCGCGAUAAAAAUUGUGCAACAAGGUUAUCUGUGAAAAUCCAACGAACAGAAAGGCAUUUUUCAAGAGUGUAAGAAUAUUCCGUGCAAAGAACAUGUCGCCCGGUGUUAACGAUGGUCCACGCAAUACAGGCACACUCCCAAAAAGCAAUAGGAGAAAUGAUAGAAAUAGAGAACGGUCAGCUGCUAAUCAAUUUGCAAUCCGUUCUGCUUAUCAUGGACAUGCACAGCACUCUAACAAUUUGUAUCAAUUGGAUUGGAGACCAGUUGGUGAACAAGAGCAUCUAAGGACAACAAAGAAUAGUAACACAAGAUCAGUUUCUUCAGUACCAUCUACAUCUUAUCAAGACAUACCUGAAUUUGUAUCAUUUGGUGGUCGAAGACCAUAUAAUUACAGUGCUGAGGAAUACUCAAAUUGGCAAAAAAUGGUUCCACCAACUGAUUCUCAAACUCAAUCUCCUCCAAGAGUUCAAGGAACAAAACCAUCAAACGUUGAUAAAAUGCCUGAUAGGAGCCAAGUAGAAUCACGUUUAAAUCAAAUUAGGGAUUAUAUCAGAGUUACAUCAACUAUGAUGGAUUCACUUAAUCAAUCCAGUGAUCCACGUGCACAAGCUCAAAAUGAGAAGUUAAGUAGAAUGGUGGAGGAUCUUCAUGAUAGUGAAAGAAAACUGUCUAAACUCUUGGAACAAUAUGAAAAUCAUGGAAUACUUUGUGAGAAUGGUGAAAAUAGUAGAGAGAAUGCAGAAGAAAAUGGUGAUGUAAGUAGAGAAAUGCAGCUACGUAAGAAGAUGGAGGAAUCACAAAGGAUACUUGCACAACUACAGGAACAUCAAGCCAGCUUGGUUGGAAUGCAAUUACGGGUUAGAGAAAAAUUAAACGAAGCACGGCAAGCGCAACAAGCUCUUUUACAACAAGAAAAUCAGAAUUCAAUCGGUGUUUCACUACCAAUGCCCAUGAAUGUUGAGCAACUUGAAUCUGAAACAGCUGCAUUAAAAGGAAAAUUAGCUCAACUUCAAACAAAGAAAAAAAAUAUGGAUCAUCUUGUAGCAGAAUUACAAGCUGUAGAAAUGUCUGAUAGAGGCAGUUGUAGUUCUGAAGCUUCAAGGAAUUUUAUAAGAGAUAAAGCUGCAGAAUUAGAAGCUAUGAAAGCACAACUUGUUCAUUUGAAAUCGUUAAUGGAUGAAGCAACAAAAGUACGCGAAUCUCUCGAUUCUAAUUCCGAUGCUGAACCCGAAGUAGAUGUUAAUGGUGAAAUUGCAGCUGAUAUGGACGGAAACGAAGAUGAACAUGGAACAAAUAUUUCAUUUGAACGUCAAAGUGAUAUUGAUGAAGCAAGUCACGAAAAAAUUAGAAACACUGGAGAUAGGCCAAGUGUUGAAGAAAUUCAGUUGCAGGCGGUCACUCGAGAACUUCGAGAACAAUCAGUUUUGUUACAAACUGCCAGGGCAGAAUUACAACGAAUAAGGCAACCAUUGUCAACAAUGCAUUCUAAUUCUACAUCUAUAUUUCAAAGUUCAACUCCUCCUCCAUCGCUCACAACAUCAACUAGUUCAGAAAAGAAACUAAGUAAUAAUAACAAUUAUGAAGUCCAAUCUACGCAAGGACGAAGACGACAAAUUGAUGAUAUUGUGCGAAAGGAUUCAUCUCAAGCAUCUAGUAUGAACCGUGACAUAGGAGGACCACCUGAUUUAAAUAGUCACAGAAGUUCCAGUUCACACAUUAGUCAUACAGGUACACCUGCUAAUGUUUGGCCACCUCAAACAAUGAUAGGUGGAUCUAAUGAUCAAAGUGUAGAUGGAGUAUCUUCCGAAAAUUUAAUGGAUAUUGGGCCUCAAACAACGGCUGUCGAAAAUGGAUUCAGUGGAAAUUGGUGGACAUAUCCACCGCCACCGUUAAAUCAGUUACAACACGGUUCAACAGAGUAUUAUCGUCAAUUAUUGUUAGGUUCCCAAGCUCAGCAACUUCAAAUGAUGGGGACUACAAUACAACAGUGUUGUCAGUUAUUGUGGUCUCAACAACGUGAAUUACAGGCUAUGCGUACUGCUAUUUCUCAAUUACAAGUUCACCUGAGACAAACACAAUUACAACAGCGAAACGAUAGUGAGAAUAACGAUGAAUAUUCUAAUUUAAGUCGCAAUGUUCAUCAUCUUGGAGAAACAUUAGAUUCUGCAUUGCCACCAAGUUCAUCUUUACCAAAUCUGGUGUCAUUACCAAAUUCUUCUCCAGCGUUAUCUCACGUUGGUGCAACAUCUUCUGUUAAUUCGCAGCAUCAACAGCAGCAAUUGAAUAAUCAAGUUCCUCCUGGGAAUAGAGCAAACAACUACUGGGACAAUUUCAGAAGUUAUUCUAGACAAAACUUACUCUCAGGAAGUGUAAAAACAAUGACUGAUACUACUUCAGGACCUACUGCAAAUUCAGCUUCUGGAAAUACUAUAUCAAGUGUUAAUACUUCUCUUAUGAAAGACAAACGCAAUCGGGAUCAGGGAGCCGAUAAUAUACCUCCACCUCCAUUAAGUGGAAUAGAAACACAGUAUUCUUCAAACCUGCAAUUACAAUCUAAUUUACAGCAACAAGAAUGGGAAAAUACUGUUAUGCGUAGCAAUAUUUUAACAAAUGAAGUAUCUCAACAGCAAGUUGAUAAUAUUUGGGAAGAAACACAUUCAUCAUUUCGAUUACCAUCUGUAGUAAAUGACGAUAAUCCAUUUCAAAAUUUAAGCUCCGAAUUGAAAGAAGAACUAAGUUCACUUAUUUCUAUCAAUAAAGUACGACCAGACUAUCUGGUUAUUAUAUUAAGAGAAAUUCAAGCAAUAAGCAGAGAUCGCAGAUUGCGUUCUCGUUUGUGGAGAACAUUACGUGUUUUACAAGGUGCACGGAUUUUAAGAAAUCCAUUGAAUAAAACAACUGAUCCAACUGUCAGUGAAAGUUGGCAGACGACUGAUGAAGAUUCUGAGGUAGAUGUACUAAUAGGUUUGACACCAGAAAAGCAUCCUGCAGCAGAAUUAGUUGCAUCAUCACAAGCAGGAACUUCUUCAUCUCCUACUGUACAUGUACCCUUAUUAGAUCAUUUGUAUUUACCUGGAAUACAUUCAGCUGAUUCAACAAGUGCUUUACCUUUAACAUCUUCUACUAAACCAGGUUACAAUGAAGAUCUGGCAGAAGCAGAUCAGUCAAGACCUGAAUCUUCUGGUAAUCAACAGAUUCCCGAUAACCAGGAAGAGAAUGAACAGGAUCAAGGUGAAGACAGCUUGUCGAACUGCUGAAGCAAAAUUUGAUGAAAAUGAUUUGGAGAGUUUAGCUGCAAAAGCUGAAGAUGAGAGACAUGAAGUUAAUGCAAUGAUAUUCUGAACUUGAAUAUCAUUAAAAAGCAUCUUUAGUUGUAUUUAUAUUAAUUGAACAUAUCUUUUGUUUGUUAUACAUAUUUUGUAAUUGAAUUGUGAUGACAUAAAAGAACAGUACAUGCAU